UAUUGUGAGCUAACAGUACCGCAGAAUAAUAUUUGGCAGCGGGGCUUUUAUUUUGUCGCGAGGUUUCCCGUCAUGCUGUGUGUGUGUUUGUGUGUGUGCAGUGUUGCUGUGUCAGUGUGUGCAGGGAUCGCUGUCUCUCAUCAGUCAUAAUGUCCGGCAGUAACUCGUUCAGACUGCGCUGCUCUCUCGCCGCGCACGAGAUGGAUGUCAGGGGCCUCGCCGCCGCCUCGUUUCCCCACGGAGCCUUCGUGUCCGUGUCCAGAGACCGAACCGCGCGGGUCUGGGUACCAAACCCGAGUGAAAACCAGGUUUUUACAGAGAUGCACUGUAUGAACGGCCACUCAAACUUUGUGUCUUGUGUGUGUAUCAUCGCUCCUAAUGAAACAUACCCCCGAGGACUCAUCGCCACCGGAGGACACGACAACAACAUCUGUGUGUUUUCACUAGACCGGCCAGACCCUCUGUUCACCCUCAAGGGUCACAAAAACACGGUCUGCACACUCUCAGCUGGCAAGUUUGGCACAAUUCUAAGUGGCUCGUGGGACACUACAGCCAAAGUCUGGCUUGGAGAAAAGUGCAUGAUGACUUUACAGGGACACAGUGCCGCUGUAUGGGCCGUAGUCAUUCUACCAGAGCAGGGCUUAAUGCUGUCUGGAUCCGCUGACAAGACCAUCAAGUUAUGGAAGGCUGGUCGCUGUGAGAACACCUACACUGGUCAUGAGGAUUGUGUGCGAGGGCUCGCUGUGAUAAGCGACAUGGAGUUUUUCUCCUGCAGUAAUGACGCCAGCAUCAGACGGUGGAUGGUGACGGGUGAAUGUGUGCAGGUUUACUAUGGUCACACUAACUACAUCUACAGCCUUGCGGUCUUCCCUAACGGACAAGACUUCAUAAGCACAGGAGAGGACAGGACACUGAGGAUCUGGAGGAAGGGGGAAUGUUCCCAGACUAUCCGUCUUCCUGCCCAGUCGGUGUGGUGCUGCUGCAUUCUGCCUGAUGGAGACAUUGCUGUGGGAGCGAAGGAUGGCAUUAUCCGAGUGUUCACCGAGAGCCAAGAGCGUGUAGCAAGUGCUCAGGACCUGCAGGCUUUUGAGGAUGAGCUCUCUAAAGCCAUCAUCGACCCCAAGACUGGAGACCUGGGUGACAUCAAGAUCGAGGACUUACCUGGCAGAGAGCACCUGAAUGAACCAGGGAAUCGGGAUGGCCAGACACGGCUCAUAAAGGAGGGUUCUAAUGUUGAAGCAUAUCAGUGGAGCAUGAGUGAUGGACGCUGGGUGAAGAUCGGAGAUGUAGUGGGCGGGUCUUCUCAGCAAAAUUCAAAGCGAGUGAUGUAUGAAGGCAAGGAGUAUGACUUCGUCUUCUCUAUCGAUGUGAAUGAGGGAGGUCCUGGCUUGAAGCUGCCUUACAAUGUGACAGACGACCCCUGGCUGACAGCUCACAACUUCCUGGAGAAGAAUGACCUGAGCCCCAUGUUCUUGGAUCAGGUGGCUAAUUUCAUCAUCGAGAACACUAAAGGCCACACGCUAGGCCCAGCCCCCACCUCGGCCACAGACCCCUUCACAGGUGCGGGACGCUACAUUCCGGGUUCAGGAGGUGGCGACCAAGGAUUUGGGGCUGAUCCUUUCACAGGGGGUGGACGAUAUAUACCUGGGUCAGAAUCCACAGGCAGAGUGUCUUCAAGCGGAGCUGAUCCUUUUACUGGAGGCAGUGCCUAUUCCUCUUCUUCUGCACUGAAAGCUACGACAAACAUCUUCUUCCCCAAUACGGAUGGAGUUAUGUUUGAACAGGCGAAUACAACCCAGAUUCUUGGUAAGCUUCGGGAGCUGAACAACGCUGCUCCUGCAGACCGUAAGCUGAGUGACGCAGCACUGGACAGUCUGGAGAAGUUGUUGCAUCUAGUUGCAGACCAGAAGAGUCAGGAGCAGCCCACGGCAGAGCAGAUCAGUGUUCUGUGGAGAACUAGCCACUGGCCAGAAGACAUUGUCUUCCCAGUGUUGGACAUCCUGCGUUUGGCUGUGCGCCAUCCAGAAGUCAACGCCCAGCUUUGUGGUGGGACUGAAGGUUCCAGUCUUUGCAACCAUCUCCUGGGUCUCAUGUCUCCUGAGGGCAGGCCCGCAAAUCAGAUGCUGGCGCUGCGCACUCUCUGCAACUGUUUCUCUGGGUCCCACGGCCGCGCUCUACUCUUGGGUCAGCGUGACGCAGUCCUGUCCCGGUCUGGAGACCUCUGCGCCGUCUCCAACAAGAACAUCCACGUGGCACUGGCUACCCUGGUGCUCAACUACGCUGGAAGGUUGUACGGUCAACCCACCGAGAUCGAGGCGAAGGCACAGUGCUUAUCAGUGGCCAGCACCGCCUUAGAGGUCGUACAGGACAAAGAGGCCAUUUUCAGGCUGCUGGUGGCCCUGGGCACCACAGUGGCCGGGGACAGCACCGCAAAGGACCUUGCACGAUCUUUGGGUGUCAACUCUCAGAUUUCUAAAUAUGCCAGGGUCUCUGAUCCGGCUAAAGUGGGCGAGUGCUGCCGACUAGUGCUUGAUGAACUGCAGUGAUGUUAUGAAGGUGAACCAGCUUCUCCUUCCAUUACUACUCCUCCUCCAUGAGAAAAAGCCCUCUUUCAGAUCUCUUAAACCUCAAUCUAUAUAUCAUUAGUUUGUAUUUAAAUUUUCACAUUUUGAAGCUGAAUGGAUCUGAAUGAAUGCAUGAUGUGAAUAAACAAUGGUGAUCAGUUGAAAUCUUUCCUAAA